CGUCCCUUGGAGCUGCACAAAAUGGGUAUGCACAACGUGACAAUGCAGCUAUGGGACAAAUCGGGGGGACGAUUUGUAAGCAUCACAGGGGCUAUGAAAACUACCCCAACUGCUGGCAUGGAAGCGCUGUUAAAUUUACCACCACUACAACUGGCAAUACAAGAGAAAGCUGCAAUCCAAGCACUCUCAAUCCACACGAAAGAAAAAUACAAACAAGGAAAUCUUAUUGGACACCUAGAAAUUUUAAAUAGGGUCGAAAAUGCUACACAUAUGACCCAGGAAAGUGAUCACACAGACGCAGUACUCAGAUUUACCAAGAGAUGCAAGGUCAUUUUCCCAUCAAGGGAUGGGUCCAAAACGCUUCAGGAUGUAGGUGCAGGAAUAUUGGGACCCAAAGCACAUAAAUCAAUAACUCGUUAAGUGCAGAUACCACAAUUUUCCAUGCGGAGCGCUUUGCUGUAAUGGAAAUGGUGGAAAUCUUAUCCAAAAGAGGACUCAAAAGAGUCAAAAUCAAAAUAAUCUCAGACAAGCUAAUCAUUCCUCAAAGCUCUAAAAAGCUACACAUUUACAUCAAAGCCUUCAUCGAGUUUUCGGAAAUACUCUACCUAAUUUUUUGCUCGCCCUGAGCGCCCUGUAUUUGUUUUCCUUAUCGAAGCUCAGAGAACGUAUAUUUAUAAAUAUACGUUCUCUGUCGAAGCUAACAACCAUUCACAAUAGGUUAUUCGUUUUGUGAGUCAUUCUGUAUCAACGUUAACGUCAGAAAUGUGUUAAAUGUUUUUCAAUAGAUGUCGCCGUAAAAAGUAAUGCAAAUGCCAACAGAAGUUUUAAAAUUAAAAAUAAAUUCGCCAUUAACGACCUUUUCACAGUGAUAACUGCUGAACUCACGUGUUUCUGUUUUUUGUGAAAAUGGCUUAAAGUUUUUAACCGAUUUCACAAAAAGCAGAAGGUUAUCAGUGCGUCGAAAUAUAUAUAUGUGUAUAUAUAUUUUUUCAUGUAUGCUACUGCAUA